AUGGCUGCCAUCAACAAGAUCGCCUCCAACUCGCCAUCCCGGCAAAACCCCUCCGAGCUGGAGACCGCGAUCGCCGGCGCUCUCUUCGACCUCGAGAGCAACACACAGGACCUGAAGGCCACCCUUCGGCCCUUGCAGUUCGUCUCUGCCCGCGAGGUUGAGGUCGGCCACGGAAAGAAGGCCAUCAUCGUCUUCGUCCCCGUUCCCCUUCUGGCCAACUUCCACAAGAUCCAGCAGCGUCUGACCCGCGAGCUCGAGAAGAAGUUCUCCGACCGCCACGUCCUCUUCGUUGCUCAGCGCCGCAUCCUGCCCCGCCCCAAGCGCUCCGUCAACUCCCGCUCCACCCAGACCCAGAAGCGCCCCCGUUCCCGCACUCUGACCGCUGUCCACGACGCCAUCCUCGCUGACCUCGUCUACCCCGUCGAGAUCGUUGGCAAGCGCGUCCGCACCAAGGAGGACGGCUCCAAGACCCUCAAGGUCAUCCUCGACGAGAAGGAGCGUGGUGGUGUCGACCACCGCCUCGAUGCCUACGGCGAGGUCUACCGCCGUCUCACCGGCCGUGCUGUCGCCUUCGAGUUCCCCCAGAGCGGCCCUGAGUUCUAG